AUGGCAACAACAAUGGAUCAGCAAAAGAAAUGUCGAGAAGAUAUUGUUGCCGUAGAAAAUUUUUCAAAGAGGUAUUAUGAUAUAUUCGAUACACGAAGACAUGACAUUGAAAAAUUCUAUCAAGCACAAGCAAAAUUAGUUUGGAAUGGAACAGAAUUAGAUGGAUCAAGUACAAUUGCAAAAUAUCUUAUUGCAUUACCACCGACACGUCAUAAUAUUUAUGCGCUUGACUUUUUUCCAAUGAACGAUUUAUUUCCGAACGAAGCCAAAACAUUUCAAGUAUUUGUUUCCGGCGCUGUUGUAUAUGGUUCGCCGGAAAGUAAUUCAGUACCCAAGGAGAAACGUCUAUUCUCACAUGUAUUUGUGUUAACUGUUGAUAUGAACUCAUCGAUAUGGGUUAUUACUAAUGAAUGUUUUCGUUUUCAUGAAUAG